UGAUGAUGUUCACAUGUGAGACAUAGACAGACCCAAUGAGAGUGGAUUUGGGGCUGACCUGCGUAAGCAAGUGCUAACAGGAACUGGACAAUUAGAACCCUCUUCAUUCUGCAACAGAACAAGUUUGACAACAUGAAUUUACAAAGCAGCAUCUUCUUGCUUUUGCUUUUUCCACAUUUUGUCCACACAAUUGACUAUUUUCCUGAAAGGCAUCCAAAGCAAUCCAGCGUAAAAGGACCGCCGCCUUUCCUACCAUUCAAUGCAAAAAGUCAAGUUAUUCCAAGUGGGCUUGAGCAGGGGCCACCAGGUCCCCCAGGACCAAUUGGCCCGAGAGGUUUGCCUGGACCACCAGGACCUCCAGGAAAGCCAGGUUAUGGAACACCUGGGCCACAAGGAGCUCAAGGAGUACCCGGACCCCCUGGAUUCUCCUCUAUUGGAAAACCAGGACAACCAGGUAUACCUGGAAAGCAUGGGGAACGUGGAGAACAAGGAGUGAAAGGUGACAUUGGACCUAUUGGUCUUCCUGGUCCAAGAGGACUACAGGGACCACCUGGAUUACCUGGACCAGCUGGAAUUUCUGCUACUGGAAAUCCAGGUCAUCAAGGAGCAGUAGGAAACCCUGGGCCAAGAGGAGUUCCUGGAUUUAAAGGUGAACCUGGUAUGCCUGGUAUUAAUGGACAAAAAGGACCAAAUGGCUAUGGACUUCCAGGUCAACCAGGUGAGAGAGGACCUCCUGGUAUGCCCGGGCCACCUGGUCCUCAAGGAUCCAUUGGAAUAGGCAAACCUGGCACAAAUGGUUUUCCUGGACAACCUGGAAAUGUAGGUGAAAGAGGUCUACCUGGUGUACCAGGGAUACAAGGUCUACCUGGGCCUCAAGGACUACCUGGACAACCUGGACCAACUGGAAUUGGUAAGCCUGGAAUAAAUGGUGCUCCCGGUCUUCCAGGGCCAUCUGGACCUAAAGGACAUCCAGGACUCCCAGGCAUGCCUGGCCCUCAAGGGAUGCAGGGCUAUGGAAAGCCAGGAUUACCUGGAGUAAAAGGGUUAAGAGGAAUUGAAGGUAUCCAUGGGAAUCCUGGGAUAAAAGGAGACCAGGGAGAAAUAGGCCAUCCAGGACAGCCAGGGAUGCCAGGUUUGCCAGGAAUUGCAGGUGUACAGGGACAUAGAGGGCUUCCAGGAGAAGCUGGCUUUCCAGGGCAUAAAGGUGACAUUGGUCCAAAAGGUUCUCCAGGGGCACCUGGACCUAUUGGUGAAAGAGGUUUAGCUGGUUUAGAUGGAAAACCAGGUUACCCAGGUGAGCCAGGACUUUCUGGACCCAAAGGGAUUCCAGGUAUUCCAGGGCAGAAAGGAGAAAAGGGUAUUGUAGGACCACCUGGGGUGCCUGGAAUAACUGGUCCAAUAGGCCCCAGAGGAGAAGCUGGUUACAGUGGAGAACAAGGUCCAAGAGGAGCUACAGGCAUACCAGGUAUGAGAGGGCAAACAGGAGCACCAGGGAUUCCAGGUCUUCCUGGUCAAAAGGGUGAACAAGGUGUUCAUGGUUUACCAGGUCCAGCUGGUAUUGCAACAAAUGGCAUCCAAGGACCAAUGGGACCACCUGGAAUUCCUGGUUCAAAAGGGAUGAAUGGUGAGCCAGGAUUACCAGGGCCACCAGGUCCACCAGGCCUACCUGGUCAGUUCAUAAUGCCACAUCAAAUGCCAGAUGGCUAUGCAAAAUCAGGGCAAAUUCAAGGUCUAAGGGAGAUUCGAGUGUCAGCAUUUACUGCUAUUCUUUCCAAAGCAUUUCCAGCAGUUGGAAUACCCAUAAAAUUUGACAAAAUCUUAUAUAACACACAAAAUCACUAUGAUGUCCGAACUGGAAUUUUUACAUGUAGGAUACCAGGGCUAUAUUAUUUUUCUUACCAUGUGCAUGUGAAAGGCACAAAUAUUUGGGUGGCAUUGUAUAAAAACGGUACACCAUUAAUGUAUACAUAUGAUGAAUACAAAAAAGGGUACCUUGACGAGGCAUCUGGUAGUGCUGUCAUAGAUCUUACUGAAAAUGAUCAAGUUUGGCUACAGUUACCUAGUGCAGAAUCUAACGGUCUAUAUUCGUCUGACUACAUACAUUCCUCUUUCUCAGGUUUCUUAUUUGGCCUAACAUGAUACAUUAUACAUUCAAUUUUAAACCUGAUGCUUGAAAAUUUGUGUUAUUUUAACAAAUUAUUUUUUGUAGAGGGGGGUGAUAUAAAUACAAUACAGUGCAUUGUAUUUUUUGUUUUAGUUGCAUGGGUAAUUGCUGUAUGUUUUUUUUCCUUAUUUGAAUGAUACUAGGAAUCCAAACCUGGCACUUUACUUCAUUGACAUGUCAGCCAUAUAAGGUGCUCUG